GUGGCGGCCGGGCGUCCAAGCUGUGGCUAAUAUUGUGAUGUCGUUGGGCGCACAUUUUCAAUUUCCCAACACCGUCGACAAAGAGAACAGGUGGUUUCCUUACCAUAACGUUAGAUCGUCCAUGUGGCUCUCGAUGCUAGCGCUCCCUCAGGCUUCCGCCCUCCACACGCGGCAUCCCGUCGAGUCCGAAUCCACGAUGGCUCCAGCGCCGCAUCCUGCAUCGAACACGGCAGCAUUGGUGUCCUCGUGGAGCCACUAUGUCUUGCUUGCCGUGGGUCUACUUCUCGUCGUUGGUGCCCAUAUCGUGAGGAAAAGCAACUCCAGCGUGCAACGACGACUUCUGUGUCGGCGCAGGCAGCGCCAGUUUCGCUCCAAGAUGAUUCCUGUGGCCAAAGUGGUGGGGUACAGCGUCCUGGGUUCACCAAACGAUGAAUUGCCAGCCCACGAAGACUACGUGCUCAUCGAGGUGUAACGUAAAAAGUGCUCGAACCACAUUAAGGUAUACUAGUAGAUCAAUUACUUUUAUUAAUAUAUUUGACGUCAUUUCAAAGCCA